AUGAUACCGGUACCUAGUGCUGCUGCAGCUGAAGCUAACAAUGGUAGUGAAGUCAAAUAUGCUAGUCAUUCUCUUCCAUGGCCAGUUACUUCGCCAACCGUAAAUAUACCCUAUUUCGAUCUGUCAACUUACCGAGCAGUUGAUCUCGAUGUGGGACCUAGUCGCGAUACAAAUGGCUUCGACCUGCCUUUGACUGACGUCACCACGCUUAGAUUCUUUUUCAACUUGGGAGUGCAAUACUCCCGUUCCUUAGCUGCUACUCAACUUUACCAAGAACGAUUUACUAAUGCUGGAGCUUCAAGCAGUUCCGUUGCUACUGCUCUACCUACGCCGUUUAAUGUCGCUCACAUCCAUCAAUUUGCUAGUGUUGGACUGGUAUGUGCUUCACUUUUUCUUGCUUUUUUAGGAAUCAGCUCACGGUAG